UUCGCUCCAAUUGCUUCGGAGAAACAAAAGGGACGGGUACCUUAAAUUUAAAAACGAACAAGUUUCUGCACGUUGCUGCUUUUGUUCCAUUCGGGCUGUCAAAAACGACACCGUUGACGCCGACAGCCCGGUGGUUCCUUCAAAUUCCAGAUUCAAUUUCUGGAGGAAUGAGUUCGUUUCAGCGUCCUCUUGUGGCUGCCGCUGCGGUUGCCGUCGCUUCCUUCUCUUCUGACAUCUCCGACAAAUUGCCAUUCCGUGGUGAUUGUUCCACUUCCACCUCAAAUUCGCCACAUUCUACAUCAUGGGUUUCUCAUGCUUCUGCCUCAAUGCUUGCUGACCGAUCUUUUCUCACCAAAAUUGGGCUUCCUCUGCCCAAUGUUCGAUUCGGGGUGCCGAGUUUGGGCCACAAUUCUGCUUCAAAUUUGUGUCACCACUCCGUUGUUGCGUCGUCGCCGCUUGUUCUCAAUCUGUAUCGGUCGGCUGAAUUGGCUAGAGUGCCGAGGCCUUCGGCUCAUUCUGACCAUGGUGGAGGCGGUUUGAGUUCUGAGGUCUUGUAUAAAUGGCAUUUGCCUGCGCCGAGUGCUUUAGGCGGUUCGUCGGCCAAGUCGAAGACGGUGGUUGUCAUGCUGGGAUGGUUGGGAGCGAGGCAGAAGCAUCUGAGGAAGUAUGCAGAGUGGUACACUUCAAAGGGGUUUCAUGUCAUUACCUUCACGUUUCCAAUGAGUGAGAUUCUGAGUUAUCAGCCGGGAGGGAAAGCGGAACAGAAUGUUCACAUGCUUGUGGACCACUUGGCUGAUUGGUUAGAAGGGGAGAAUGAGAAGAACCUAGUCUUUCAUACUUUCAGCAACACUGGAUGGCUAACGUAUGGGGUUAUGUUGGAGCAAUUUCAAAAGCAGGAUCCAUCUAUUAUGGGAAGGAUUAGGGGCUGCAUUGUAGAUUCUGCACCUGUUGCAAACCCUGACCCAGAGGUCUGGGCCUCAGGUUUUUCUGCAGCCUUUCUCAAGAAGAAUAGUGUAGCUACAAAAGGACGUGUAUUCUCUGAUGAAUCCGGCAUUAAAGUAUCAAUUAACAGUGAUGCAGUUGCAGGACCCAAACCUGCAGCAACAGAAGCAGCUUUGCUAUUGAUACUAAAGAAAUUUUUUGAGGUCAUUCUGUAUCUCCCAACUGUGAAUAGGAGGCUCUCUGAUGUUUUGAGCAUGUUAUCAUCAAAGCAACCAAGUUGUCCACAGUUAUACAUGUAUAGUUCUGCAGACAGAGUAAUUCCCGCUGAUUCAGUGGAAUCAUUUGUGGAGGCACAGCGUAGGGCUGGACAUGAUGUGAGGGCAUGCAAUUUUGUGUCCUCACCCCAUGUUGACCACUUUAGAAAUGAUCCAAAAUUGUAUACUUCUCAGCUAAGUCAAUUUCUAGAGGAGUGCGUUCACUAAUUCUUUACAGUGCUUGGCUUACUCACACAGCAUAUAGUUUAUUCUUUUUGAUUCUUGAAAGCCAGCCAUUACUGAUUGUGGCUUGGACUAUAUCAAAAGUCAAACCCUCAAAGGGGAUUAUAUAGUUGUCACUCACAGAUAUAAUUGAUUCAUUGAUACAUUGACAGUGCAAAUGAAAGACAUUGCAACUUUCUCUUGGUUGUUG